AUUUUUGUAGCAGACAAUGGGAUUGUUCACACGGCGGGAUUUAAAGUGACUGAUCUGCAGAAGGAAACGCUCACACCAACGGCUUGGUUUAUUGGUCCAGAGCUGCACAGUGUCAACCUCUGACGCAGCCGGAGCACCUAUCCGCGGGGGGGUACAGUGACACCUGACGGCUCCAUCUCUCGACACGCCGGUCUUUCCCAUCACGACCACUUAGGCUCUGCAGUGCAGCAACUGCUGCGUUUUAUGGAAGCGGAGUCUGUGCAUCCUGUCGUGAUCAUGCUGCCCCCAAAGAGUUGCCUGCCGAGGAACUACAGCUGCAUAGCCGGGCUGUUCGGAAGCCUGGCAGAGGCAAACCCGCGGCUUGAAGAUGGGGAUGAUUUGGACAUGAUCAACGGUACUUGUGAAACCACCGAGAGCCCAGUUGUGGAAGAGAGACCACGGGGCAGAGAGGUCUCCCUGAAGCCUUCACAGAGUCCAAAUCUGCGUCGGAGGUGCAAGUCGCUGCCCACACCCACAGAGAGAGCAAAGUUAGAGAUCUCCCGCAGCAGAAGUCCAACCAGUCAGAAAAAGGUCCGGUUCGCCGACUCACUGGGCCUGGAGCUCAUUUCAGUGAAGCACUUCGAUGAUACAGAUGAGCCACAAGUGCCGGAGCGCAUAUUGGCAAAACUAGCCAAAGGACCCGUCCAUCUUAAUCAUUUGAACACAAAGUUCCCCCGUGUUCCUGCGCAGUCUAUGUUCAUGGAGUUGCAGUUCACCAACCCAGGCACACUACCCGGCUUUGAGCAGAAAGUGAGGGAGGUGAAAGUCAUGUUAGAGUCCGUUGAAGUAGAUGAAUUCAGCCUCUCCGGGUUUGUGCGCGUGUUGAAUCUGGCUUUCGAAAAGAGCGUCUCUUUGCGUUAUUCUCUAAACAACUGGAUUACAUGCAUGGACAGCCUGGCGUCCUAUGUUCCUGACUCAAGCGACGGUGACACUGAUAAGUUCUGUUUCAAGAUAGUCAUGCCUACUUACCUCGACAACGGAGGCACAUUUCAGUUUGCAAUUAAAUACUAUGUCGGCGGGCAAGAGUUCUGGGACAAUAAUAAUGGGAACAACUACAAAGUGCGACGUAAUAACCGGUUCAAGAUGUCCCCACCCCGGGAAUGGGAGAAUGGAUGGAUUCACUUUAUCUGAGCUUUGUCUGCAGUGACACACUGCGUGCGUAAUUUGUGCGUAACUGUUGCUUGUUAAAGAUUAUUUUUUUCUUUCCCCUGCCAUUGCCAGCUAGACAUGCUCUGACACUGACAACAAUUUCUAACAAUGAUUCAAACAGGCUAUUUGCCCCGCUGUGGUGAGUGAUUGGUGAAGACUCGGCCGAGUGUAUAUUCUGUUAGAACAUUUGCCUUUAUGUCAGGGCUCUGUACAGCUUGGUGCCCUAUGGGGGGGCAAUGUCACGUUAUGUAAUGUAGAAACACGUGCCACGGAAAACGUGCACACAAUGCCGACCUGAGGCAUCACGGCUCCUUUUAGGGGAUGCUGUAAAAUGGUUUGGUGGCACGGAGAUGUUUAAAUUAUCCGUUUGUUUUGCAAGCGUGCAAAAAUAUCGGCUGGAUGGGAAGCAGAAAGCAUCACAUCUUGGCUGAUAUGGAUACCAAGCGAACCUAGUAGCAUACUCUGGUUGUCUCCUGCAGGCUGGGAGAGACAUACACACACUGACUUAUUGAGUUGACAGACCGAAAUAUGUGGCAGGUUAUUUUGUUAAAAAAAAAGUUGUCUAAUUUCCCACUGUCAUGCCAUGGAAAAAUGCCUUAUUUUAAGCCAUGAUGUUGGAAUUAGACUAAAUGCAUUCAAUGGUUAUCAUCAAGCUUCCAUUUUAAAAUAAGGCCUUCACUGGGAAUUAAUGUACAUAUAUACCUGUAGGCUUUCAAUCCAGGGACACACUCAUAAACCAUUCAACAUCCAUUCUUUUGCUGAAUUAAUGUAAAAAUGUUUUGGUUUUGCCAAAAUUUAAAAGAAAUCAGGGGCCUAACCUAGACGAUUAAAAAGUUUUCAUUAGAAAAAAAAAAUCACUUAAUUAUAAUGGCUUCAUGCAUAGUUCAUCAAUUCAUAAAGGCUAUAUUUAUAAAGAAUGGUAAUACUGUACUAGGGAUAACAAUGAACCCCUUGAGUAGGGUUGCUGUCCCACCAAGGACAAUACAUUUAGUAGCAAAGUUUGCCAGGUUAAAUUUACCUCAAAUUACUUGCAGACCUUUUCUUCUUCAGGUUGAUCGUUGUAAAACAGAUCUUAUUUUCUAAAGUAUUAUUGUACAUUUGCAGAUUCAAAACACAAUGCAUAUUCAUUUCUAAUGUUCUUGAUUGCACUGUGUAACUGUGUUUUUCAUAGAGCAGAGUUAUAGAUAAAGUAGCUAUUACACGGACGACUGUGUUUAACCGGCUGUAAAGGUACCUGAUAAUAGUCUCAGUCACCACUGUGCAAGAAUAGUGCUGCUCCUGACCCCACAUGAUCUUAAUGCUUUGAACCACCUGUCUGAUAUUUCCAAACUGUUGUCUGAUUACUUCAUUUCCAUACUAUAAGCCUUGAUUGAUGUUAUACCACCCGUCUGCCCUCUCCAGACAACAGCUAUUCCAUAUAAUUUUUUUUAAUUAAUUCACUGGUGGGUAGUCUUUCAAACCUGGUCCUGUGUUAUCAUGUACUUUGUGGCAAACAGGCUUGCAUGUUGUAGUCUAAUGAGUUUACUUAAAAUGCAAAUAUUCAUCAGUCUUUAUUUAGGUGUACAUUAUAAUCAAUGUUUCUGGCCAUGUAGAAAGUUGAGACUCCAGUUUAGAGAGUAGAGGAUCAACAGGCAGGAUGCUUUUAAUUCCAGUGCUCUGACUGUAAUCUGAACAUCACUUUGUCCUUUGUUUACAUCAUUACGGCAUCAGAAGGAGGGUCUCCAUUUAAUGAUGCCAUCAGGUUGUAAUGUGGAUAAAGACUAUUCCUGUAAGCACUUUGUUUUUGGAGCAGUUCCACUGUGAAUCCAUCAGAAAUGUUUGUCUCUAAAUCUGACAUGGUUUUAAAGGCUGUACCUGGUGGUGUUAGAAUAGUUUUGCUAAAGUAAAAGAUAGCCAGCUCUGAGUUGAUAUUUGCUUUCUCUUCACUUAUCACAAACAGCCCUGCAUUUUCUCACCUGUUUGUUUUAUAUACACUGUGGAUAUAAAAGGUCUGGCCACGGCAGAGCUUACUGUGUGUGAUGUUGUUAAAUCAGUGGACAUUUGCAUAUUGUCUGCUUUGGUCCUUGUACAUACUUAGAAUUCAUGCUGUGCAAAACCAGAAAGCAUUAACUAUCCAGGCUGAGACUUCUGAUGUGGGUACUGAGAGAUGCAUUAAUACAAAUUUAUCACUGCCAACACAGAUUGUGUUUAUUAGAUUUGAACAUCCUAGCCAGAUCUGCUCUGUUAAGUCAACAAUGUAUAGUUUGAGAUUGCUUGACAUAAAUGAGUGUCUGAAUAUGUCUGAAUAUUUCAUCACAUCUUUAGUUUAAGUUUCCAAAACGUGUGGAAACUGUAAGAUACCAGUGCUGAGUUUUAGCCUGGUAUCUCCCACACUGCUGUUGUCAUCGGUGCAUCCCUACCAUACAGAAAAUGAAGGGCUUCUGGUCUGAUUAGAUUUUCACCUCAAUGUAUGCAUAACAUUUUGCAUUAGAACUCACUGAUAUAUAGAUAUGUAUGUAAAUGUGUUAAUGUUUCAUAUUGAAUGUCCUCCUGUUGCUGUUCUAUGCUGUGUGUAUUUUUGAAGCAUUUGAAAAGCAGAAUUGAGAGAUGUGAAAAAAGAUUGUAAUCUGAUGAUCCUGUGAAAUUGGAAAACAAUUGAGCCCAAACUUAAUUAAUUCCUAAAGCACACUCACUAUUAGAAUUAAUUAUUAUUAAACCUUUCUUCAAUAUAAUUUAAUAUAAUGCUUGUUAAAUGGGUAAUACCCCUAACUGUGAUCAUUUGUCUCAGAUGAUGUUGCAGAAGAUAUUGUGGAAGUUUCCCUGAAAUAUGUACGAAAAUGUGAGCAGUGCACCUGACUGAAAUGAAUACAUUGGAAACCCCAUGUGCACAAAUAUACUGUAGGUGUAACACUGCCUUUCUAAAAUAUGGGUUUACUUAGAGACAAGUCGCAGUGAUGGAAGAAUGCAAGUGCUUGUUUGUUAGGAAAUAAUGUGAUGACUGAUGGAUACAAAUAUGUGGACUCUGAACAAUGACAAAGGGACAUAUAUGGGCAAGAUAGGUAACACAAGAUGCUCUUUGGAGUUUGAUACCUUUUUGCAUGAACGACUUAUGAUUGUAGCUGAUACUGAGCAGGUCUAAUGCACUUUGAGUGCACGGAAAGGGGCAAUGUGAGUGCACGGAAAGGGGCAAUGUUGCAAGUCACUAUAUAUAUGAAAGCUUCUCUUGUAAAUAGCUACUAACCAAGAUGUUUUCCAUUCUUUGUCCCAUUUUACUGCUUUUGUCUCACGGUGGAAAGCCUCUGUCUUAUUUAUAACCAUUGUAUGGCACUGCAUUUAUUUCAGUGAGUUUUUGGUUUUGUAAAUCCUAUGCAACCCCUUCUGUGUUGUAACAUCUGCAGUCAUCUGACUGUGUUACUCUGCAUUGUGUGCCGUCUUUUAUUUUCUCUUUUGCAGUGAACGUUAACCAUGCUUGCAUGUACAGCAGUAACAUACCUUUUAUUUUUACGUUUAUUUUUUAAUGUAACCUAUAUUUUGUUAAAACAAUGGUUAAUAAAGGAAUUUGUGAUG